AUGUCUUCACAUUAUAACACCGAACCUCCACCAACCGCCUCGGUGACACUCAACACAACCAUCGGCGCCCUGCACAUUUCCCUUUUCGCAAAACAGACACCCCUCGCCUGCAAAAACUUCAUCCAACACUGUCUCGAUGGCUACUACACAGGCACUGUCUUCCAUCGCAUUGUCCCCGGAUUCGUAAUCCAAGGCGGCGACCCGACGGGCACCGGUUCAGGCGGCUCAUCAAUCUACGAAGACCCGGAAUUCGAAUAUGACCCCGAAGCUCGCGACCCGAACGAGAAAGUAGUCUUUCGCGAUGAAAUACACAGUCGAUUACGAUUCAACCGGCGCGGUCUUGUGGGUAUGGCGAAAAGUGAGGAUGGAACGUACGGGAGUCAGUUUUUUAUUACCUUGGGAAACACAGAAAGAGAAAUGAAUGGGCAGUGUACGAUGUUUGGGCGGAUUGAGGGUGACAGUAUCUAUAAUGUGGUUAAGAUUGCGGAGGCAGAGUUGGUGGAGGGUACGGAUCGGCCGGUUUUUGCGGUGAAGAUUACGGGGKGUGAGGUUGGGGAAAUGGGUCAGUUUGAAGGGAAGUUGAAGAAGAGGGAAAAGGUUGCGAGGGUGACUGAAACGGAAAAGAGUGACGUGACGAUCAAGAAGAAAAAGAAGGCAAAGGGCGCGAAGACGUUGCUCAGUUUUGGAGGUGAGGAAGGAGAGGAUGGGGAGGAUGUGUCUGUCCUCAAGUCAAAAAAACCAAAAUUCAACACCAAACUCGUUUCAGCUGGGGAUUCACUGGAAAUGGAUCCGAAGACCCGUUCGAUAGAAAGAAGGAGUUCCGUCACGGAAGAGAAACAAGCGGCUAAACGACUUAAACCUUCUACGGAUAUCCCAAGCACAAACAACCACGUACAAAAGUCACGACCUAAAACUCCAGAUCCGUAUGCGCAAAUCCCAGUGAAAGAUCCAGAAGAACCAGAAAGAUCGCCAUCUCCAACUCCGCCUCCAGCUGCCAGACAGUCAAUACUGGAAAGAACGAAUGCGCAGAUUGCGUCUCUCAAGGCGUCGAUGCGACGGGAUAUAGUGGCGCCUACAGAAACAGGCAGGGAGAAGUCGGCACUGGAGGCCAUGAUACCGGAAACUUCUAUCAGAGGCCGCAAACGACCGGCGCCUGGUAGCGCAGCUAUGAAGAGUGCAGGCAGAAAUGGCCAAGGCUUUGGUUCGGGAGCUGAAGCUGACGCAUUAAAGCUAUUCAACGCAUUCAAAGCGAAGCUCGAAAAUUCAGAUGUACAGAGUGGCCCGGGCAAGAAACAGAAAGACGAACCCAAAAAGACAUUACAAAACACCAAAUCCGAGGAGGAGGAGGAUGAAGAGGGGCAACUAUGCGAUCUACACUUUAUUGCAAACUGUCAGUCCUGUCAAAAUUGGAACGAGAACGCCGAAGGGUCCAAUGCAGAACAGGAUCAAGACGAAGACUCGACAGAUUGGCUGUCGCAUCGAUUGCAGUUUGGAAAGGACACUUUUGGAAAAGAUUUGAAAUGGAAGAAGGAGCAUCGAGAGGAUGUGGACUCUCUCAUGGUUAUUGAUCCCCGUGAAAAGGAGAAAGAAUAUGUCCAUCGAGGCGGCAAGAGUAGGAAGACGGGAAGAGACAGGGAGAGGGAGCAUAAAAGAGAGAGGGCGGGCGAAAGAGAAUGGGAUCGACGAUAA